CACAAAAACAUUAUGGCUGUUGUUACAUGACAAAGAAAUACGAUUCUGACCAAACUGCGCCCAAACAUCUUUUAAAACAUCGCUACGGUCCAGGACUGUUGAGACAGCUCCUAUGAUGAUUAUGACGUCACAACUGCUCGGUGUCACAACUUGAUCUACAGUAACGGUUGCCCUCACCCAAGGGGCUCAACAUCCACAGCGUUAAAGUUGUUCACCAGUAGGGGGACUUGGGCGCAAGCAUUUCAGGAGACAGAACGUACACAAAUAAUAAUAAUCCAGUCCCAAGUCUCGUGACUCUUGCCAAGCGGCACCAUGAAAGAAACACGCCGAUAUCGAGGCAAGUCCAAGUCCAAAAUAGAGAUCGUGUGUGAUCCCGACAUCGUGGGUCGCACGUACCAGCUGGUAACCGAACCUAAUGCCAUCACAUACUACGUGCUUGCUGCGUACUACACCUUUGCCUUCGCUCCUUAUGUACGAGAUGAGGUAGAAGUCUUCACAACCAGCGUCCUCAAGGCCCUGCCGUUGCUGUUCUACGUGACCGUCAUCCGCUUCACCCAGACCUACUCCUGCCGGAACCACAGCUCAUACUGCAAAUACGUUGCCAUUGGCCUCCUCCUGUCUGCCUGCUCGGACGGUAUCCUAUCGUACAACUCUGACUACUUCAUCCACGCAGUCACUCUGUACUCACUGUCCAACCUGUGCUAUAUUGGGGCCUUGUACCAGUACUACAACGGUGCUGGUUUGUCCUGGGCUGUCUUCCCCGUAAACAUGAUUUUGAUGUAUGGCCUCUAUAGGCUUGUCUCUGGCUACCUCAGCGGUCUGGUCCUUUUUGUCUACGGCUGUUUUCUCACAGUAACGACGUUUUUUGCCUUUGCAAGGUUUAAGAGCAACCGGACAGCGCCCGCCUACCUUGGAGUUGUCGGUGCUAUCCUCCUGCAGUUCUCCAACGCCCUGUACGCCAUCGGCGAGUUCGCCCCGGGCUACACUUGUCUCGUCAGUCCCGAGCUCAUCAUGAUGACGUACUACCUGGCGCAGCUUGGCUUUGGUCUCAGUGUCCGCUACUGUUGAGUCCGG